AUGGGGUCUCUUAGGGACUUAAAAGAUAUGUUUUUUAGCAUCAACAACCCAGAUUUGGUAACUCAGACAACAAUGGUGGUCGCCUGUGCAAAGUUAGGAGAUAUCAAAUUCACACGCCAACAGUUUGAAAUAACGCUCGACCGAGAUGUGAUUGCCUGGAACGCAAUGAAAGCAGGGUACGUGCGUUUCGGGGAGCCUUUAAACGGACUCGAACUGUUUAACGCAAUGGAAAUGAAAGAAAAGAAUGUGUACACAUGGAGUGGUGCCAUGGGAGGACUAGCCAUGCAUGGUUAUGGUAAAGAGUAUCUUGACCUUUUUACCCUUAUGCAACAAGAAAACAUCACACCAAAUGAGGUCACUUUCCUUUCAAUCUUAAAGGCUUGUAGUGUAGCGGGUCUUGUUGAAGAAGGUUGGAAGCAUUCUAAAUCUAUGACCAAAGACUUCAUCCAGAGUAUGUCAUGUGCACCGAUUGCUGAAGCAUGGGGUGCACUGCUAAAUCCUAACAGGAUUUAUAAAAAUGUGGAAAUGGCUAAACUUGCGUCUAGAAAGAUGGAGGAAUCAGAGGCUAACAAUGAAGGUGCGUAUGUGGAGUUGUCGAAUGUUUUUGCCGAUUUUAAGAAUUUGAAUGGUGUUGAUGUUGUGAGGCAUAAAAUGAAGUCGAAAGCUGUUGUCAAGAAUUAA